CUGAAGAAGGAAAAACUGUCUGCCCAGCAGCAGCUGCCAAAGGGAAGGAAACAGGGGCAGGGAUGGCAACACGCUGAAGAAUAGUCAUCCAGCAACAACUUCCACUCAACUGUUGUGUGUUGAUUGAUGACCUCACAACAACGGAAGACACACUAGUUAAAUAAUCAUCAACAGUAUGCACAGAAUCAUAUCCCCCGAGCAAACAAAGCAUGCAAACACUACGCAGAAAAAUGCCAUCAUGCUCAACACCAUUGUUGUACCUCUGCCUACUGCUGGUGGCGUGCCUUCUUCUCUUGGAAGAAGCACAUGCGGUGCACCAUGGAGGGAUCUCUCUGAGGUCUCAACGCAUGGCCCUCCUCCACUGGAAAGCUACACUUGCGAGCCCACCACUGCAGAUGAGCUCUUGGCAAGAAAACACCAGGCCCUGCAACUGGUCGGGCAUCAUGUGCACGGCUAUCCGCCAUGGCCGCGGCAUGCCCUGGGUGGUAACCAACAUAUCCCUGCCGGGUGCUGGCAUCCGUGGCCAGCUUGGUGAGCUCAACUUCUCGGCUCUUCCAUUCCUCGCAUAUAUUGACCUUCAGAACAACAGUCUCCACGGUGUACUACCCGCUAGUAUCAGCUCUCUAUCAUCACUAUCUUAUCUUGACCUUAGCUUCAACCAUCUCAAAGGGAAAAUUCCGUUUGAGUUUGGUGGCUUGCAGAGUCUCAUGCAGCUUGGUCUCUCAUCUAACAGACUCACAGGACAUAUCCCUGCGUCUCUUGGUAACCUAACAAUGUUAAAUUAUCUUGUCAUUCACCAGAACAUGGUAUCUGGUCCCAUUCCUACAAGGCCUACAGCUAAGCAACAACCCCUUAACCGGCAUGAUACCAAAAACCCUUGGAAAUCUGACCCAACUAAAUGAUUUGUACCUAUAUGGUAAUCAACUUUCAGGGCCUAUACCCCAAGAGCUAGGCAGACUGGUCCGUUUGCAAAGUCUUCAGCUUCAGUCAAAUGAUUUUUCAGGUCCAAUUCCAAU